CCCAACGCGCUGCGGGCCAUCACGCCGGCGGCGGUGGAGGUGCUUCUGGGGGUGCUGCGGCGAGGAGGUGGGGGGACCCCUCCGGUCCCCGGCUUGCUGGAGUUGGCGUUACGCUGCGUGGUGGCCGUGGUCCACGUGCUGCACGGUGGCAGUCCCGGCGCCGGCCCCGUGCCGUUGCGCGUCCUCCUGGAUGGAUAUUUCAGGGUGCUCAAUUCAGACCUGCCCGUGGCUUCCUUGGCGCCGGAGGCGGCCGGUGGCCUCAUCGCUCUUCGUGUCCUCAUGCUGGAUGCCAUCCCGGCCAUGCUGAGCUGUGAGGACCGGCCAGUCCUCCAAGCCAUCUUUCUCAGCAACAAUUGCUUCGAGCACAUCAUCCGGCUCCUUCAAAACAGCAAGGUGUUCGACAGCAGCUCCGACGCCAUCGCAGUCCACGCCAUCGGGGUGCUCACCGCCAUCAUGAGCAACUCGCCCUCAGCCAAGGAGGUGUUCAAGGAGCGCAUCGGCUAUGCCCACCUCUAUGAGGUCUUGAGGAGCCAGGGCCAGCCCACCCAACGCCUGCUCCAGGAGCUCCUCAACAUGGCUGUCCAGAAGUGGCCCGGUGGUGCCUUCGCCUUUCACGCCUGGUUGUGCCUGAGCGAGGAGGAGCCCGAGCCACUGGUGAGGCCGAAGAGGAGGCAGCUCUAUAGCUUCUUCACGGCCGGUGGCACAGGCUUCGAGGCGUUCUUCACUGCCGGUGGGGUCUUGGUGGUGGCCGUCUGCACCAAGAAGGACUACAUGACGGUGGCAUUGCCAGAGUUUGCCUUCAACGACUCGGCUUGGCACUGCGUUGACAUUGUCCACGUCGCCGGCCGCCGGCCCUUUGGCCAGAACAUCGUCAGCAUCUACACCGAUGGGCACCUGCGGAAGACGGCGCAGCUCCGCUUCCCCUCCCUCCAUGAGUCCUUCACCUCCUGCUGCAUUGGUUCUGCGGGCCACCGGACCACCACCACCACUGCCACCACCACCGGCCACCCGCCAGCAUCCCACGGGCCAGAGAUGGUCUUCCCCCCGCGGCCCGCACUCGGCCGCUCCCAGUCCGUCCCCGCUGCUCUGGGCCCCCAUGCCUGGACCCCCACUCAGCCCCCCACCGAGGGGGUGGUGGCCACCACGGCGGCUGGCAGCCAGGACACCGAGUGGGGCAGCCCCACCUCCCUGGAGGGUCACUUGGGCUCCGUGGCCAUCUUCUGCGAGGCUCUGCAGCAAGCCCAGGUCAAGGCGCUCUUCUGUGCAGGACCAAAUGUCACAUCACCGUUUACACUGGAAGGUGACUUGGUGGAGCUCAGCAGCAAGCUCUUGCUGUACUAUACCCCACAGGCCUGCAGGAACAACAUCUGCCUGGACCUCUCUCCCAGCCACGGCUUGGACGGGAGGCUGACAGGGCACAAGGUGGUCAACUGGGACAUCAAGGACGUGGUCAACUGCGUGGGUGGGAUGGGCGUGCUGCUGCCCCUGCUCGAGCAAGUGGUGUCCAAGAAGGAAGAGCCCGAGGAUGAGCAGGAGACCAACGACCUGGUGGGGCCAGAGCUGACGUCCUCCAGGAACGCCCAGGGCAUGCUUAUCCCGCUGGGCAAGUCUUCAGAGAGCAGGCUGGAGAGGAACAGCGUGGCCGCCUUCCUGCUGCUGGUGAAGAACUUCAUCCAGAACCACCCAGUGAACCAGGAGAGCCUGGUGCAGUGCCAUGGGCCGGCCAUCAUCGGGGCACUGCUGCAGAAGGUCUCCGGUCCGCUGCUGGACAUGAGCACGUUGAUGGCCUCGCAGAUCCUCAUGGAGCAGGUGGCCUCUGAGGGCAGCGGGCUCCUGCUGCACCUUCUCUACCAGCAUCUCCUCUUCGAUUUCCGCAUCUGGAGCAACAGCGACUUCGCCGUCCGCUUAGGUCACAUCCAGUAUCUGGCUAAUGUCAUCAAGGACCACAAGCAGCGCAUCCGUAAGAAGUACGGGGUGCAGUACAUCCUCGACUCCGUCCGGACGUUCUACGGCACCUCCAGGGAGAAGACAACGGCCACUGAUGACAUCAAGACAGUGCAGACCUCCCUCUUCAGUCUGGUGAAGGAUUUCUUCUGCAGGAGCUUCUCCGGGGAGGAGAUGCAGAGCUUGUUGAGCUACGUGGCCGGGGCACAGGAUGAGCAGCAGGUCUGCGGGGCGCUGGAGGUGAUCCACAGCCUGCUGAAGGGCUCACCUGCCCAGGAGCAGCUCUUUGCCUUCCUCUUUGAGCCAGGCCAUGUGGAGGUCCUCUUCUCGCUGCUGGUGCAGAAGAAGUUCUCAGAUGAAGUGCGGGAGAGGGUCUUCAAGGUCCUCUACAAGAUGCUAAAGUACGAGAAGGUCCCUGAGCGCAGCAAGAACCGCCUGAAGCUGAAGGACAUCGGGUACCAGGGGCUCAUUGCCUGCCUCAGUGACGUCCCCGGCUCCAUGCUGCUUUUCCGCUGCCUCUCGGAGCAGGUCCUCGGGGCAGACCCUCCCAACUACAAGGACCUGGUGGCUGUCGUUUACCUGUCCCACCGGGCUGAGCUGACUGUCCGGCUUGAUAUCUGCCGCAAGCUCUUCCACUUGAUCUACGCGCAGCAGGACAUGGUGAAGCAACUGGCGAGGUUGGCUGGCUGGCAAGACACGCUCACCAAGCUCUACGUCAAAGAGUCCUACGAGUCCCGCCAGCACAGCCUGAGCACUGCAGGCAACGGGGGCUGCUUGGAGCUCCUCAACCUCUCAGACCCCCCUGGCAAAGAGGGGACGAGCCCACCGCCAUCCGAACUGCAGGAGUUGGAUGUCUUCCUGCCACUGGGCUAUGAGGCCUCGGACCAGGAGCUCUCUGAGGGCUUCUCUGACCACUCCAUCUCCCCAAGCGGCCGCACCAAGUCCUUCCACUCCUACAACUUCAAGUCUUUUGACUCCUCCGACCGGGCCAGCCGCUCAUCCUCCAACCCCGGCGAUGGUCCUCCCUUUGAUGGUGUCUAUCACCCACUCUCGCCCUUCUCCACCUCACCCUUUGACCUGGGACUCGACCUGGCCAGCACCAGCUCCAUGGCCACGGCCGAGAGCGGCACACAGACCCCCGCCAGCGGCCCCGACACCCCCUCACCCCUGGAGAGCUUCAAACCCUUCCCGGGAAUGCGAGCACGCAAGAGCUCCAGCCUCUCAAAUGUCCUGGAUGAGAGCAGCUACCAGGAUGCGCUGCCCAGCGACAAUGUUUCCAAUACCAGCAACCCCCAGCAAACGCCUGAAGAGGAGCUGUGCAACCUCUUGACCAAUAUCGUCUUUUCGGUGACCUGGCGUGGAGUGGAGGGCUGGGACGACGUGGCAUGGAGGGAACGUGGGCAGGUCUUCUCCGUCCUCACCAAGCUGGGGACAGCGUGCGAGCUGGUGCGGCCCCCCGAUGAGAUCAAGCGGAGCCUGCUGGAGAUGAUGCUGGAGUCGGCACUGACGGACCUGAAGGAGUCGGGACCGGCCACCUUGCCUGGUCUCACCCACAAUGCCCUCAAGCUGCUGCGGCUGCUGCAGGACUUCUUGUUCUCCGAGGGACACAACAACCAGGCCCUGUGGAGCGAGAAGAUCUACGAGGUGGUGAGCAGUCUGCUGGACAAGCUGGGCGUCUGGUACCACCUGGCCAACGGCACCUCCGACCUCAAGGAGAUGGCACAGACUGGUCUACGCAUCCUCGUGGGCUACAUCAUGCUGCAGGACCCCCAGCUGCACUCGUUGGCAUACGUGAAGCUUCACAGCCUACUGCAGACCGCCUCGGCCCCCAAAAAGGACGAGGCUUGCUACCUGCUGGGCAAGCUGGAGACCCCGCUGCGACGCUCGCUGGAAGCCAAAUCGGAGACCUUCUCCUGGUUGGUGCCCAUCGUCCGGACACUCAUGGACCAGUGCUAUGAGACCCUGCAGCUGCAGCUCUUCCUGCCCUCGCUGCCCCCCACCAACGGCAGCCCCACUUUCUACGAGGACUUCCAGCUCUUCUGCACCACCCCGGAGUGGAGGGGCUUCAUCGAGAAGCACGUGCAGCCCACCAUGGCCCAGUUUGAGAUGGACACCUUCGCCAAGAGCCACGACCACAUGUCCAAUUUCUGGAAUGCCUGCUACGAUGCCAUGAUGAGCAGCUCUCAGCGGCGGGAGCAGGAGAAGGCAGCCAGCCGCAAGAUGUUCCAGGAGCUGGUGCUGGAGCCAGCGGCAAAGCGCUCCAAGGCAGAGAACGCCCGGCACGCCAACGUGCUCAAGCAGGCCAACAACCACCACAGCACCGUGCUGAAGCAGUGGCGGUCCCUGUGCCGCCUCCUCACCUCACCCCGCUCCGCCUGGGCUGACCGGAACCCAGCAGAGGUUCGCUGGAAGCUGUCAAGCGCCGAGACCUACUCCCGGAUGAGGCUGAAGCUGGUGCCCAACCUGAAUUUUGACCAACACUUGGAGGCCAGCGCCCUACGGGACAACUUGGGAGCUGACCACCUCCAGAACCCAGCCGAGUCCCUCCCGCUUGCCAUGGCCAAGGAGGCCAAGGUGAGCGAGCUGGAGGAUGACCAACUGGCCGAGGAGGACCUCCCCGUCCUAGACAACCAGGCUGAGCCCAAGGAGCAGAACCAGCGGGAGAAACUGGUGGUCUCAGAGGACUGUGAGCUCAUCACGACAGUGGCUGUCAUCCCCGGCCGCCUGGAGGUGACAACCCAACAUGUCUACUUCUACGACGGCAGCAGUGAGAAGGAGGAGACAGAGGGAGGGAUCGGCUACGACUUCAAGCGCCCCUUGUCCCACCUGCGUGAGGUCCACCUGCGCCGCUACAACUUGCGCCGCUCCGCGCUGGAGCUCUUCUUCAUCGACCAGGCCAACUACUUCCUUGGGACCAGGGAUGGUGUGGGACCAGGGGUGGCCGUUAGACAGGCACAGCCAUGGGAUGGGGAUGUCUUCCCCCUCUCCUGUCCCCUCCCCCAGCCCAUCUCAGCCCCUCUCCCUUUGCUCCAGAAAUGGGUCCUGCGGGAGAUCUCCAACUUCGAGUACCUCAUGCAGCUGAACACGAUUGCGGGGCGCACCUACAACGACCUCUCCCAGUACCCCGUGUUCCCCUGGAUCCUGCGGGAUUACGUCUCCGACACCCUCGACCUCACCGACCCAGCUGUUUUUCGGGACCUGGCCAAACCCAUCGGGGUGGCCAACGAACGGCACGCCCGGGACGUGAAGGAGAAGUACGAGAGCUUCGAGGACCCCACGGGCACCGUGGACAAGUUCCACUACGGCACACACUACUCCAACGCGGCGGGCGUCAUGCACUACCUGAUCCGCACCGAGCCCUUCACCACCCUCCACAUCCAGCUACAGAGCGGCAGGUUUGACUGCUCGGAUCGGCAGUUCCACUCGGUGCCGGCAGCGUGGCAAGCCCGCAUGGAGAACCCCGUGGACGUCAAGGAGCUCAUCCCUGAGUUCUUCUACUUCCCUGAGUUCCUGGAGAACCAGAACGGCUUCGACCUGGGCUGCCUGCAGCUCUCCAACGAGAAGGUGGGCGACGUGGUGCUGCCCCGGUGGGCGCGCUCCCGUGAGGACUUCAUCUACCAGCACCGCAAAGCCCUGGAGUCUGUGUAUGUCUCAGCCCACCUCCACGAGUGGAUCGACCUUAUUUUUGGGUACAAGCAACGAGGUCCAGCCGCCGUGGAGGCCCUCAAUGUCUUCUACUACUGCACCUACGAGGGGGCCGUGGACCUGGACGCCAUUGCCGACGAGACGCAGAGGAAAGCUCUGGAAGGCAUCAUCAGCAACUUUGGGCAGACGCCCUGCCAGCUGCUCAAGGAACCCCAUCCCGCCCGGUUGUCAGCAGAGAGCGCUGCCCAGAGGUUGGCCCGCCUCGACACCCGCUCGCCCAACGUCUUCGAGAACCUGGACCAGCUCAAGUCCUUCUUUGUGGAGGGCAUCAGCGAUGGGGUGGCCCUGGUGCAAGCCGUGGUCCCCAAGACCCAGGCGCACUCCUUCAUCACUCAGGGAUCACCCGACGUCACCGUGAGUGCCAACGGCUUGUUGGGGACCCAUAACUGGUUACCCUACGACAAGAACAUCUCCAACUACUUCAGCUUCACCAAAGACCCCACCGUCUCCAAUACAAAGACCCAGCGUUUCCUGCAGGGCCCCUUUGCCCCUGGCGUGGACCUCUGCUCCCGCACGCUGGCCGUGUCCCCUGAUGGAAAGCUGCUCUUCAGCGGGGGACAUUGGGACAACAGCCUCCGUGUCACCUCUCUGGCCAAAGGGAAGGUUGUUGGGCACAUCUCCCGGCACAUAGAUGUUGUCACCUGCCUGGCGCUUGACCUCUGCGGCAUCUACCUCAUUUCUGGGUCCCGGGACACCACCUGCAUGGUGUGGCAGGUCCUACAACAGGGUGGGUUUUCCAGCGGCUUGGCUCCUAAACCUGUCCAGGUCCUGUACGGCCACGACGCCGAGGUGACGUGCGUGGCCAUCAGCACCGAGCUGGACAUGGCGGUGUCGGGCUCCAAGGAUGGCACCAUCAUCAUCCACACCAUCCGCCGGGGUCUCUUCAUCCGGUCCCUGCGGCCGCCCGGCGAGAGCUCACCACCCGCCGUCCUCUCCCACCUCGCCGUGGGGCCGGAGGGGCAGGUGGUCGCCCAGACUGCAGUGGGUCAACGAGCCUGCUUGAAGGACAGGUUUGCGCUGCACCUCUACUCGGUGAACGGGAAGCACCUCUCCUCCAUCCCGCUGGACGAGGAGGUGACGGCCAUGUGCCUGACGGAGGAGUUUGUGGUGUUGGGGACCAUGCAGUGCGGGCUGGAGAUCCGUGACCUCCAGAGCCUCAGGGCAGCCAUGCCCCCCGUGCCCAUGCGGGUGCCCGUCCACAGCGUGUCCGUCACCAAGGAGAAGAGUCACAUCUUGGUGGGGUUGGAGGAUGGCAAGCUCAUCGUGGUGGGGGCUGGGCAGCCCGCUGAGGUGCGACCGGGCCAGUUCCACCGGCGGCUGUGGCGCUCCACGCGUCGCAUCUCCCAGGUCUCGGCCGGCGAGACGGAGUACAACCCCACCGAGGGCAAGUCCUAG